AGCGCACCCGUUACCCGUUUCGUUUGGUGACUCCGCUAGUCGAAUGGUGCUUCUAUCCCCGCCCUUUUUCGGCUUCUCCAAAAGCAGCUGCUUCUGCUGCCGCAAAACAACUGCGGCGGCGGCGGCGGCGGCGGCCCUGAGAAUGCUCUCUCGCUCCUCCGCGAACCCUAACCCUAACCCUAGAUUGCUCUCCGCCAUGGGAGCCGCCGCCACUGGGACUGGGAGCGACAGAACCCUAGCCCCGCACCUUCCCCACAUCCCAAACCCUAGCCCUAGUCCUCUCAAACCCCUGCAUCUUCACGUCGCCGGGCCCAGAUCGGUGCUCGCUGUGCGGGGAGAUCCCCUCCGGAGCUCGGCGAUCGCCGUUGCCAACGCCUCCGGCUUUACGAGCGGCGCCGCCGCCGCCGCCGAGGACGCGGCUCCGGCUCUUGUUGUCGUGUCGUUCUACCGCUUCGCCGAUUUCCCCGACCACGCCGCGAUGCGGCAGCCGCUGAAGGAUCUUUGCGAGGAAGUGCGUGUUUCAGGCGGCAUAAUUCUUGCGCCGGAAGGGAUCAAUGGCAGCAUAUGUGGAACACCAGAAUCAGUAGAGAAAGUGUUGGCUUUUAUUCAAUCUGAUGAGCGCCUAAAAGGCCUUAGAAUGAUUGAGUCACCUGUUACUCCAGAGGAUGAGGCUAUCCACCACGGGCACACUAGCCAAUCCCCCCUUGGAGCUGGGGAAGAUGCGCCCUUCCGAUGGGACCAUGUGCGAGUUAAGCUGAAGAAAGAGAUAGUGUCUUUUGGAGAUCCAAGUGUGAUGCCCACAAAAAUGGUUGGAAAAUACAUAAAACCAAGAGAUUGGAAUGCAUUAAUAAGUGAUCCCAAAACUAUGGUUAUUGAUGUUCGUAACACGUACGAAACUCGCAUUGGGAAGUUCAAAGGAGCUGUCGACCCAUGUACCACGGCAUUCAGAGAGUUCCCAUCUUGGGUGGAUGAUCAAUUUGAAUUGGCUAAACCCGACAAUAACCAGUCAGGCACAAACAGCCACAGCGUGGAUAAGGGUACCGAGGAUUGUUCUCAGAGUGGAGAAGCCAAAAGACUACCUCGCGUUGCAAUGUACUGCACUGGCGGAAUCAGAUGUGAGAAGGCUUCAAGCUUUCUCGUAAGCAAGGGUUUUGAAGAGGUUUACCAUUUGGAGGGCGGGAUAUUGAAAUAUCUGGAGGAAGUCCCAAAAGCCGAAAGCCUAUGGGAGGGCGAGUGCUUUGUCUUUGAUAAGCGCGUCUCGGUCGAGCACGGAUUGGUCCAAGGAAGCUACAAGCUCUGCUAUGGUUGUAAGCAACCGGUCAGCGACGAGGACAUGGAAUCUCCGGAAUGGGAAUACGGUGUAUCAUGCCCGUAUUGCUAUUCGACGAAAUCUGUUGAAGAAAAAGAAAGGGCGAGGGCUCGACAACGGCAGUUUGAGACUUGGGGAAUUAUAGGCGGCCCUGAUAAGGGGCGGCAGAUUCCAACUAAGCUUGAGAAUGAGAAUGAUGCGAAGGCAAAACACUUUCGGAGCUCGGUUUAGUUUGUGUGCUCAUUGUGGGUCACUUUGAUUUUGAAUCUUUGAUUGGUGCCUUUUGUUGCAACCAAGACUAUGUCAAAUUGGCAUCUUUUUUCUUUUCAGAUUCUGGACUUUUCAUGUAUUUUGGGUAUUGUUUGGUUUCAUUUAGAUUCAAACUAUUGCGGAAAUCAGAAUGUUCUCAUCUUAAUCGAUUUAAA